UGCACUUUGCUCGAGGGCAGAUAGGCACUCUAGUAGAGUAGUAGCUAGUAGGCAGUGCAUGGUUUCAUGCAUAGCGUUUCCGAACUCUUAUAUCUCUCCCCUACCAAAGUAUUUGGUUCGUACUGCGAUGUGCGAUGGUAUCCACUCUACUGUGUCUUUGGAGAAUAAGUCUUCUUGCAACAUGGCGGUCGUGCAAUAAAUGUAAGGGUGCAGGGUAGAAGACUCAAGUGUUCAAUGAUUAACAAGUGAGUUUUGAAAGCAGUUAUCGCAAGUUUUUUCGGUGGGGCAAUUGUUUUUCGGGUGACAGAAAAGUUAACACUGGCUCUUUUUACACAAGGAAAGUUUUUUGCCUUAACUAAUUGUGUCGAUAUUGAGUUUCGGGAGAAGUGACGGGUGUAUUUUUAGGGACGUCAUCUGCAAAAACUUGUAUAGAAGAUAUCGAAUUUGACAUGUCGUUUUCUAUGUAUCGCCUGUAAUUCAUGGAUUUAGCUGAACGGUUACAGAACAAACUGAGCAUGGCAUCAAGACACAGUCCGCAUCAACAGCAGGCUGUACCCAAUGUCCAGCAAAAUCAACAGCAAAAUAAGAACAUAACUUCCCUCUUGUCAAAGCUUCAUGGUGCAUUUGCACCCCCUAAGUUAAUGAUAGACCGUCGAGCACUUGAAAAAACAUGGAAACUUAUGGACAAAGUAGUCAAACUUUGUCAGCAUUCUAAAAUGAACCUGAAGAAUUCUCCUCCAUUCAUCCUUGACAUACUUCCAGACACUUAUCAACAUCUCCGUCUAAUCUACACAAAGUAUGAGGACAAUAUGGUUGCGCUGAACAAUGAAGAAUAUUUCAAAGUGUUCAUUGAGAAUCUCAUGCGAAAGUGCAAGCAAGCAAUCAAACUUUUUAAAGAAGGAAAGGAAAAGAUGUUUGAUGAAAAUUCUCAUUAUCGCCGCAAUUUAACAAAGCUCAGUUUGGUUUUCAGUCACAUGUUAAGUGAAUUGAAAGCCCUUUUCCCUGGUGGAAUGUUUGCCGGUGGGCAAUUUAGAAUUACAAAAAGUGAUGCUGCAGACUUCUGGAGAAAUUCAUUUGAAGACAGGACUAUAGUGGCAUGGAAGAUUUUUCGCCAAACUUUGCACGAAGCUCACCCGAUCAGUUCCGGACUAGAAGCCAUGGCAUUAAAAUCAACUAUUGAUUUGACAUGCAAUGACUACAUCUCCAACUUCGAAUUUGAUGUGUUUACUCGGUUGUUUCAACCGUGGUCCACCUUGUUACGAAACUGGCAAAUACUGGCCGUCACUCAUCCAGGCUACGUAGCGUUUCUGACCUAUGACGAAGUUAAAGCAAGAUUGCAGAAAUACAUAAACAAACCUGGAAGCUACGUUUUCCGUCUAAGUUGCACCCGCCUGGGACAAUGGGCUAUUGGAUAUGUGACGGCGGAUGGAACAAUACUGCAGACAAUUCCUCAGAACAAGUCUCUUUGUCAAGCGCUGCUUGAUGGAUACAGGGAAGGAUUCUAUUUAUUUCCUGAUGGACGAUCCGUGAAUCCUGAUCUGAGUUGGGCUGUGGCUGCUACGCCUGAAGAUCACAUCCAAGUGACACAGGAACAGUAUGAGCUCUACUGUGAAAUGGGAUCUACGUUCCAGUUGUGUAAAAUCUGCGCAGAAAAUGAUAAAGAUGUGCGCAUUGAACCUUGCGGUCAUUUGUUGUGCACACCUUGCCUUUCAUCAUGGCAGGAAUCUGAAGGACAAGGCUGUCCUUUUUGUCGUGCGGAAAUCAAGGGAACAGAACUGGUGGUUGUUGAUCCAUUUGAACCUAGCAAGAACAACAUUCGAUCUGUAUUGAAUUCAGCCAAUAAUAACAGUGCUCUCAAUAUUGCCAUUGGAAAUGAGUCCGUGGGACACGAAGAGGUACCCUUCCUGAUGUCGAAAAAAAGAAAUAGUGUAUCUCUGCCGCCUUCUGUAUCUACAAUUUGUUCUGCACUGGCACUGGCCCCGCCGUUACCGCCGCGCCGAUCUUCGCCAAUUACAUCAUCGGGACGAUCGCAAAUCAGAUCUCCUACUGAUAUGUUGACCGAUUGUAUUCACCCAGCUGAUCAUCAGGUGAACAAACAAGCGCUGAAGUCCAGAACUGGAGUGGCACGUGUCAACCUGAAAGUAGCACAACUCCGUUCAUCUAGUGUUCCCACAGCUGCAAUGAAGUGUAGAUCUUGCCCCACUCUGUUUUCAUUGCAAGACAAUUCUUCGGAUGUCUUGGCAAAUCAGAACCAUUAAAUGUAAGAAAAAUCUGUGUUUCAAAUUUCUAUGCUGAACAGGUUUUAUUGUCGGCACGGUACUGCCCGUGUUAUCCAUGUUAUGAAUAUUGAACAUGUAUCAACCAGUUAUUCGGAAUUUAUCAAUAUAUUUCAACCACGGCCUACUACAAUUGAAAAAACUUUAAGAGAACUUUUUUUAGCCUGAAGUUGUCAAUCUUCCAUCUUUUUCUGAUUCCAAUACAGUUAUUUGUAACGAAA